CCCUAGCAGAACAGAAACAAGAGGGAUCCAUGCCCUUGGAUCAACCCUCAAACGUACAAAACUGGGACACUUCGGACUCAGUUCACACUCGUCCGAACAUUAACUACGACAGGUCCUAAAACCGGCCAGGGAACGCUGACAGAAACAAAGAAGGCGGAGUGACAGAAUUUUGAGUCCACUAUGGUGACCAAAACAGAGGAGACACAGUUGAAUAGGCUUGAGAGUCAGUUGGAGCAUGGAGGAGGUGGCGCUUGGGAGUAUCUCUGUUUGGUCAGGAAGCUCAAGGUUAGGCGUUCUGAAAAGGUCUUGAAGCAUGGUUUAUCCAUCUUGAAUGACCCCAAGAAGAGAUCUAGUCUCGGUCAUGAUGAAUGGACUCUAUACGAACAGGUGGCAAUUGCGGCUAUGGACUGCCAAUCUCUUGAUGUUGCUAAGGAUUGCAUUAAUGUGUUGCAGAAAAGAUUUCCAGAGAGCAAAAGAGUUGGCGGGCUGGAGGGGAUGUUACUCGAAGCAAAGGGAUGUUGGACAGAGGCAGAAAAGGCUUACUUAAGCUUGCUAGAGGAUAAUCCAUUGGAUCAGGUAAUACAUAAAAGGAGGGUUGCUUUGGCAAAGGCACAAGGCAAAGUGUCAGAAGCUAUUGAAUUUCUCAACAAAUAUCUAGAAAUAUUUAUGGCAGAUUCUGAUGCCUGGAGAGAACUUGCUGAGAUAUAUAUUUCCUUACAGAUGUACAAGCAAGCAGCUUUCUGCUAUGAGGAGUUAAUACUAUCUCAGCCUACAGUCCCACUAUAUCAUUUAGCCUAUGCUGAUGUGCUUUACACACUUGGUGGACUAGAAAACCUUCAGGCAGCAAAGAAAUAUUAUUCAUCCACAAUAGACUUGACUGGGGGCAAGAACACCAGAGCGCUUUUUGGUAUUUGUUUGUGUACAUCUGCCAUCGCACAACUUACAAAAGGGCGAAACAAGGAAGACAAGGAUAGCCCAGACCUGCAAUCUCUUGCAACUGCAGCCUUGGAGAAAGAAUACAAGCAUAGGGCUUCUGGAAAGGUUCCUGUGCUUGCUUCUGCAUUAAAAAGCUUGAAAGUUUCGUAACUUCUUUGCAAUUGAAGGAAGCUUUCUAUCCUUGACCAUGUUCCAGGAUCUUCAUCAUAGCCUAAAUGGAAGGCUAGAAAUCUGCAGAUUUAUAAUUUAAAAGAGUGUUUAGUUUUUUUUGUUUUGUUUUCCUUGCAUGGAUUUUUCUUUGUGCUCUUUUUUCUCCCUCAUUGAAGUUCUUACAGGAGGACAUGAUGUAUUAUUUUAGAAUGCUUCAUUGAGCAGGCAAGGAACAUCGUGAGAGAGAUAUUUUUCUCCCAUUGCAUGGUUUCAGAUUUAAUUCACUUCCAAUCUCCUGCUUAUAUUUUCUA